AUGCUGCGCCACGUGCUGUGCGUGUUGGCCCUCGCGCUGUGCUGCUGCACGUCUGUAUGUGUGGCUGCUGCUGUCGUACCUGAACAGGAAAGUAACGGGGAGCUCUCUUCGGAUGUUGAGAUGACGGUAUCCGUGGCGGAGAAGGUUAAUGCCAGCAAUUGCACAGUGCCGUUGAAUUAUGCUUCUCAUGGGCGCCAGAAGGUUGAGAUCUUCACCACGACUGUCGUGACGGAGAAGGUUGACCAACCAACCAAAAACGGAAUAAUGAGCCCGGCAUGGAAAUUCGAAUUUCCUCGCGGCUACAACUUCACGCUGAGCAACUCAUGGGAUGUUAAGUGCUGGAAGAAAGAUGGCGAGGGCAAAAUCACGGAGAAAGAGUGCCACGUGGAAGGUGCAGAAGAUACUAAACGGACCGUUGAUGUCACAUUUCACUCCACUGCUACCGGCUACACCACUGAGCAGAUUUCAACACCACCAGAGGAGCGUGAAAUCAAUGUCCCGGCCGGGUACAGUCUGGUCUUUUACGAGAACGUCGUGGCUACAUGCAUCCCUUUACCGGGGACUGAGAAGUUUUUCCGGCCAGCAGAGACCGUGACCUCUGGGGACAAGGACAGUGCUGUCGACAACGCGGCUACUGCUCAAACUUCCAGCGAGGCAGAGAGCACAGAAACAGACAACUCCUUCACAGUGAAUGACGCCGAUCACACUGCCCCCACAGCCACACCUCAAUCAGAGACCACCACCGAGGAGGCUCCCAAAACUGAUGCCGGUAUAUCCACCUCUGCGGGAGAGGGCGCUGCAACCAACGCGUCACCUGCGCUCAACAGUAUCUCUCUGAGUGGCGUGAACCUUCCUGACCAUAACACCGACGCCAGCAGCAGGACUGCGUGGGUGCGUGCCCCACUGUUGUUGCUUCUUGGGACACUAAGCAGCGUAGCUGUAUGGUAG